GCCAUUUAUUUGAGCUCUGAACGCAUAAACUGGCACAGUUUUACAGUAACAAAAAACAUGUUGCAGCUGUGGUGGCCGACAGGAGUGAGGAUGCUGGGGGGAGAUACCUUUACCCGCCUUUUAUAGCCCAGCGGCGUUUACGUGUCGCCGGAUUUACUGGUGUUUUAUCUUCAGCUGUGGAUGUGUGAAUGGUGUACUGAGCCGUGGAAAGAGGGAGAAAAAAAAAGGAAAGAGGGCGAGAGGGAGAGAGAGAGAGAGAAAGAGAGAGAGAGCUUCCCUGGCAAGGCAUCAUCCCCCUCAGUCAGUCUGACCGCCCACAGUCCGGGGGGAGAAAGUGCUGCUUUGUGAAUGAAGGGAGCGGCGGCGGAGGGGCAGGAAACAAACUUUACCAACAUUUAUUUCCGACGAGGAGGACGCGCUCACAUCCAGCAGCAGAGGUUCCGAGGCAAGCAACAGGCGACACCUGGCCGACGAGCACCGACGACAAACACACGCACUCCCCUGUGCAGGUCUUUUGGAGAAGCUGUAAAUCAUGGCGGUCAGUUUAGCCUCUGUGGCUUGUCUCUGCCUGGUGGCGGUGGUCAGCGGUGACCCCUGCCUCAUCAUCAGCGAGAUCAACGCCGACAACCCGCGGCUGGACACCACUGAGUUUGUAGAGCUGUAUCACACCAGUGGACAACGGGCUUCCCUGGAUGGCUACACCCUCGUGUUCUAUAACGGGAAUGGAAACAUAGCCUACAAGGUGCUGGACCUCAAAGGCAUGAGCACUGAUGACAGAGGAUUCUUCCUGGUGGGCUCGGUGGACAUGCUGCCCAAACCAUCCAUCCUCCUGCCUCCCAACACGGUCCAGAAUGGCCCGGACGCCAUCGUCCUCUACCACACAUCUGCUGCUCGCUACAGUGAGAAGAUGAACGUCACUGCUCACGGGCUGGUGGACGCCGUCGUGUACAUGACCCGCCGCACUGGUGGAGCGGAGUUCCUCGCCGAAACUCUGACGCCCGGGGAACGAGCCUUCGUCGAGGAUGAAACGGCACUCGAGGGGGACGAGUCGAUUGAGAGGUGCCUGCUGUCUGAAGAUCGCUGGGGCUUUCAGGUGUCCUCGCCCUCCCCGGGUCAGAGGAAUAACUGCACACCGCCCGCUGUCGCAGUGACCGUUCCAGUCAUCAAUGAGCUGAAGCUGGGGGGAGGCCAGGUGGACGGGUUUGUGGAGCUGACAGAGGCCUCAGCUGCAGGUCCCCUGGUGCUCGUGGUGUUGGACGGGAAAACUGACCGGGUCAGCGUGAGUGUGGACGUGGACGCCACCACCUCGAGGAAUGGGUUGAUCUCCGUGACCAUUGAGAAAAGCUACAUGAAAGGAGACGAGUCCGGAGCAGUGGCUGUUUACAGUGGCACAGCCUCAGACUUCCCCGUGGGCAGCCCUCUGAGCCAGAUACAGCCUCUAGAUGCAUUUGUGUUCGCUGGACCCGGAAACAAGCCUAGUGCCAACCUCACAGAGACUCUCAUCCCAGGCAGACUGCCCUACCAACUCAGCAACAGUUUGAGAGAGGGAGGCUUCGAUCUGAGUCGCUGCGGUGUGGCCGACUGGGAAAGAGAUCCCGGGGUCUUCUGGGAGGCCCCGCAAACUCCUGGGCAGCCCAACCAGUGCCCCUGGCCAAAGAUCUGCCCUCACAGUAUUGUUAUUCCAGGGGGCACAGAUUCGCCGCCUCACCUCCCACCUUGGGGGAACAGUGACUUCCUGAUCAAUGAGCUGAACACGGACACGCCUGGGGCAGCUGAGGAUGGAGAGUACAUCGAGCUUUGGCACCCAUCGGGACGCCGCGUCUCCCUGCAGGGCAUCUGGAUCCUCCUCUUCAGUGCGCACAACAACAGACCCUACAGGGAGAUCAGCCUGAGCGGACACUUCACCACGUCUAAGGGCUACUUCCUGCUGGGCAGCGACCGGUUGGUGCCAGCUCCAUCACUACGCCUGCCCCCUAACACCAUCCAGAAUGGACCGGAUGCUGUGGCGCUCUAUCGCAGCCCCUUUGGGCCACCAUCAGCCAGUCAAAGGGGGAUCCCCACAAAAGGUCUGCUGGAUGCCGUCGUAUACCGACAGAGAGGGUCAGAUAAGGAGGCGCAGGAACUGAGUAAAGCUUUGACCCCUGGACAGCUGCCUCUGCUGGAGGAUCCAGAGGUGCUGCUUGGUGAUGAAGCCCUCAGUCGCUGUAGAGGCCUUUAUCCUUAUGACCUGUCUGCUUUCUCAGUGGCUGCACCCACGCCUCUGAGGGAGAACAGCUGCCCCCGCCCCCCUCCAGCCCCAGAGGGUGUGGUCAUCAGUGAGGUGGCCAGUGGCUAUUGGACCAAUAACAGCCAGCAGAGGGCUUUUGUAGAGCUGCAUGGCGCCCCCAUGACAGACCUGCGGGGCCUGGUGCUCACCGUGUUUGACCAGGUGCACAGUGGGACCGUCAUCGCCCUCCCUUUGACUGGAUCCAUUGACCAGGACGGAUUUUACGUCGUUGGAAAUGUCACUGGAGCAGAUCAGACUUUCCCGGAGGGCUCCACUGUGCCGGUGCGAGGAGCGGUGGUCCUGUGUUAUGACCUGUUCAGCAUCUGCAGAGCUGGCACUGCACUGACCAACUCCAGCCUCAGAGAUGUGCUCGUGUUCAGUGAAAACCAGCAGCUGCUGUCCUCUCUGUCCACCACCAGAGGGAGACAAGUGAUUCCAGCGCUCAGAUCAGUGGAAGCCGGUCCUGUUUCGCUCAGCCGGUGUUCAUGCUGCGAGGUGAGGAGCCCCUCGUCCUGGACGAGCUCCUCACCCACACCUCACAGCACCAACCUCUGUCCGAGCUCCGCCUUCUCAAGUCACAUUGACAUGUGCCUCGGACCGCUGUCCAGUGACUGGCAGGAGCAGGCAGGAGACUGUAGCAGUCUCAUCAAGGGGAAGAGGGUCGCCGAGGUGGCCGACUACCUGGAGCAGAAGUGUCACUGUGGCAUCUCGGCCUUGUACCUCCAAGGAGCCAACUUUUCCUGUGUGUCCGGGUGGCUGCGAGUGUGGGGGAACAUCCAGGCGCUGUCGGACCAUCAGAAGGCCCUCAUCAUCCAGACAUCACACGUGAAUCCUUCGUCUGCUCAGGGGGACGUCUGCUCCGCUCCAUCCACAGACCGUUAUACGAGCGCAGCGUCUGCCCUGGGGCUACAGAUAGGGCUGAUAGUCGCAGUGCUCCUGCUGCUCGGACUAGGAGCAGCUCUGUUCACAUAUUUCUACAGAAGAAGGCGUCCUCUGGACUAUUACACCAUGGAGCUGAGUGAACAUGCAGAGGGACUUUCAGAUCUAUAAUCCAGGCUUGGAAUCACUUGCAUCUGGAUGUGCUCUGAAGAGUGUCGGGGGACUUCAGCAGAGAGAGUGUGAGACCGGGGUAAUCAAAGGUUAUUCGACCUGUACGUACGUAACUGAUUGUCUGAUUGUUUUAAAAUGAAUGCCACCACAAGUGUCCUUCUCUGUAUCGCUGGGAAAUCACUGAUGAAAUUAAUCAUUGUUGUCUGUCUCUAAGGAUAUGACGCUUACGACAUCGAAUCAGGAAAAACGUGUUGAAUUGAAAAACAUACAGAUAAUAACAUAUUUUUGUAGAGGUCACCUUUGCCUGUGAACAGUGCUGGUUACUACUUUUAAAGGAAAAGGAAGAUAAAAAGGAGGAUUUUUAAAAAAUACUUGAGUCCUAAAUGGUCAUUUUUGUUGACUUGUUGGUGUUACUGUGGAAAAAGCCUUUAAAUCCUGAAAAUUAAACAAUCAUGCUUUUGAUUUGUGCAGGAAGCUCCAUCUAUUUAAUGACAUUCUCAGCUGGUAUUACGGUGUUUUAACAACAGACUUUAUAACCAAGAUAAUACAUGUCAUGCUCACAUUUAUUCUUCAAAACUUCUCCCGCUACGUGCUGUAACAGUCCAUUUCAGACUCACUCAAGGGCUUGAUUGUCUUUUUAAAUGUGAAUGUCUUUAGCUAACUUGUGGUGAGUGUCUGUAACCACUUUUGUAUGCUUACUUAAAGCAAACUGUUUACAUUUACUUGUAGUAGAAAAUUUGAAAAAAGGGAUGUGAGAGGCAGAUGUUGAAGUGAUAUCCUGUAUGACAAGUAUUUGGUGUGUGUGUGUGUGUGUGUGUGUAAUGAGCGACUGCUACGUGUUAAGAAAAUCAGAGCUAUUAUAUGUUUCACUUGUGUUUUUUUAGUGGCUCAGAAACCGUCACUGUGCCUUUUACUUGGGUGUUAUUUGAUCAGCUGAUUCCUCAUUUAUUAGAGGGAAUGUACAGCCAUCUCUGCUGCAGCCGUGAGUGUAAAUACUAUGGAUGUGAUGAUAGUAUUCUCGGGGUGGGGGGUGUUGAAAUGUUGACUUACUGUAGAAUUACAGUAAGUAGGUAUAAUCAGAGAAAAAGUGAAAUAUUUUGAUUGGUUCCGGUAGUUUGAUUCCAGCUUAAUUUGAAAAUAAUCAUACAAAUUGAUCCUACAAAUAGCCAUGGAAUAAAUCAUAAGUGUGGUUAUGCUGUAUAAUAUAGUGAAUGUGCCGCUUGCCUUGUAAUGUUGCCUUACUCAGCUGCUGUGGUGCACAGAAUUAUUUCCUCUGUUUUUAAUGCUUUGAUUACCUUGGUAAGAAGAUUUUCUUCCUCACUGACAUGUAAUAAACAACAAAAUGUAACUUCCUUGAAAAAUUGAGGCCUUGGGUUAGCAGCUCGGAUUGGCUUCCAAUCCAAAGAAUAAGAAUUUGAAGGAAAAAACUCAACUAUCAGAUCUUUCUCGAGGAAGUUACAGUUUGUUGCUUCAGGACCCAUUUGUAAAGCAAAAGUCAACCAUAAAUCAGUUUUGUUUUACAGCAAGUUUACCUAUUUGGAUGAAAGCCCAGAAAAGUCAUGUAAAUUUAGGGCGUUUAACUUUUUAAGGUGCAAUUUGUAAGAUAUGGCCUUUUAACAACAAUUAAAAAAAAAUUGAAGCUAAACAUAAUCAACCCAGUGUGGGGGAAAAAAAAGUGUACACGUUAUUUCAACGAUGUCUGCGUACUGUGUUGUAUAGAUGCUAACCAGCUAGUCCCCAGCCCUCGUCAUACCACUUUGUACCACAAGAGGUGAUUGUCCGAUAGCCCCAACAGGAAAUGCAAAAGCACCAAGUUUGCAAUAAACUCUCAAAAUCUCAAGGAAGAACAUAUUUUUACAUCUGUUUUUUUUGUUUUUUUUGGUUUUUUUUUUUUACUAAAGAGAAAAACUGUAUACCGUUCCUCUCUUUUAUUGAUUUGUUUUAUCUGUACUUAAUCGUCUGGUCAUCUGGUUCAGUCGAAAACAAAUCUUAAAUUUGCAGAGUAAUAUGUGAAAAAUAUUUCAGCUUAAUGCGCUGUAUUAGCCCGCUGAUGAUGAUGAUCAUAGCCCUGAUUGGAGCUGCUGUAAAUCGCCUCCAUACCAUAUUCAAACUGGUACCUGUGGCUUAGGGGCUGUUCAGUCCCAGUCUGGGGUCCAGUUGUGUUCAUUUGGAGCCAGUUGACUGUGCCCCGUUGCCCAUGAGUCACCCAAUGUGGGUGUACUCCAGUCAGCUAAUGGAGCUAUUAGUUCCACAGCUACCCACGCUACUUGCUAACAACAACAAGAAGUAGAAGUCCUGUUCAGUGAGCAGCAAAGUGACCAGUUCUGCUGCCCUGUACAGUUUUGGAUCUACCUUAGAAUUCUGGCCAUUUUCUACAAAUUACACCUUUUUAAAGUGAAAAUAUGGUGUUUCCCUCUCUUGAAAUGAUGUGAUGUUCAUAAAAUGUGUUUUACUGUAAACGUUUAUAUUUUUAGGUUUUGUGUGAAAUGGUACAUGUAGAAAGUUUAAAACAACAAUAUAUUGACAUGCAAGUGUGUGGACUAUUGAAUAAAAUGUGAGAUACUUCUGCUCAGA